AUUGGAAUUCUUUAUACAAACGAGGGCGUGUCUUGUAGCUUUACAAAAGAAUGCAGCGCAGAGAUAAGAUUGAUGGCUGCAAUGUUUUCUCUUCAAGAUGACGCUAACUUGAGGGAGUUUGUGCUGGAGAAUGUGGAGCACUUUGGAGAGGAGAGAGUUCUAGGAACUGGCUCCUAUGGCUCUGUUCAAGAGGUGAAGAUCAAUGGUGAGGUGUAUGCAGCCAAGAAGAUCCACGAGGUUCUCCUGGAGACGGACGAGCGUGGUGGAGUGGCCAACAUAGCUGGGAACUACCUUCGAGAGUGUCGACUCAUGACUCGCAUCCGUCACCCCAACAUCACCCAGUUCAUUGGGCUGUGUUUUGUGACUGGCUCUCGACUGCCCCUCCUGGUCACGGAGAGGCUCGACUCAAGUCUGGACGAUCUCAUGGAGUCCACCCCCAACAUCCCCCUCUCUGUCUGCCAGUACAUUCUGGUCUGUGUGGCUCGAGGGCUGCUCCACCUGCAUCGUGAGUCCGUGAUCCAUCGUAACCUCACUGCCAGGAAUGUCCUGCUGACAGCAUCUCUGAGAGCCAAGAUCACAGAUUUUGGUAACUCUCGUAUCGUGAAUCUGGAGCCUGGUCGACUGGCCAGGACUCUGACGAGGUUUCCUGGGACACUGGUGUACAUGCCGCCCGAGGCCCUCUCUGACAGAGGCCACAGUGUGUACGGACCCAGUCUGGACGUCUUCUCUUUCGGAGUGCUGCAAUUGUUUGCACUCACACAAGUGUUUCCAAGAGAUCUCCUUGCCCCCACGUACAGCGACCCCAACAAUCCAGACCACCUCCUGGCUCGCUCAGAGUUUGAGCGUCGAGGUCCCUACACGGCUCUCCUUGAGAGGAGUCUGGCGGGUGGACGUGAGCACCCUCUGUUUGGUCUGGUGAGGGAGUGUCUGGCCAACACCUCAGAGAGAAGACCGACCACCGCUGAGCUCCUCUCGUCUCUGGAGGAGGUGGGGAGGGAGAUGGACGGAGGACUGCUCCAGCUGGACAUUGCACGAGUGAAGACUGCCAGGACCCUCAGGGCAAAGGAGAUGAGGAUAGAGGCUCUACAGAGAGAGGUGGUCGAGAAGGACAGGAUACUGGAGAGGAAAGAUGAGCAAAUAACUGAGAAAGAUGCAGUUAUAGUGCAAAGAGACCACCAAUUUGAACAAAGCAUUGCACUACUUGCACAAAAAGAAGAUCAACUGGAUCAGAAAGAUGCAAUUCUGGCACAAAAAGAUGAAGAAGUAGCAGAAAAGGAUACUCAACUGGUUAGACUGCAAGAGAUAUUGAAUCGUGUCCGUGCUAAUGCUGCCACCAAGGAUGGUAUGAUUGCUGACAAGGACAGACAACUCAGUGAACAAGAUUCAACGAUCACUGACCUCAUUUCCCAGAGAGAUGCUGCUCUAGUUGAGAGGGACGCUCUCUUACAGGCACAUAGGGAAUAUAUUGAGCACAAAGAUGCUGAGCCGGUUAGGAGAGACGCCGUCAUUCAACAACGGAGACAGGGUCCCCCUCCACUCACUAUGAAAUGGAGAAGAGGAAAAGACAUGCCAAUCAAGAUGGGUGGCUCGGUACAGAGUGUUGUUAUCGGUGACACGGUGUAUAUUGGUACAGUGAUGAAGCUCGAGCAAGAUCAGUGGACCAAACUACCAGAGUACACUGCCAAGUGGUUUGGUAUGACAUCACUAGCUAAUCGACUAGUGCUGGUGGGAGGACUUGACACACGAAACAACAAACGAAACAAUCAACUUUCUAUCUUUGUGUCAGGGGAAUGGACUCACCCGUAUCCACCAAUGAACAUUGCUCUUUCUUCCUCAACAGCUGUCUCCUUCAACAACCACAUAAUUGUAGCUGGUGGGACUGAUGAUGAAGGACGUAUCUCCUCCUCUGUGGAGGUGUUGAACGUGGCAUCAAAAAGAUGGUACAUUGCUCAGUCACUACCUAACCCACGAUCAGGACUGAAAUCGACUCUCAUAGGAAACACCCUCUAUCUAAUGGGAGGGUUGGAUCACACUGGGAGUCUAACCGAGACAGGGCACCACGUUGACCUCAAUGAACUCAUUGCAAAGACCCUUUCCAACCUGGACACACCCACUCUUUUACAAAAAGUACCACUCAAGUUCUCAAAUCCUUGUUCAGCUCCUCUCAGUAUUGGGAGGUCACUAUUAGUCGUUGGUGGACGGGACGACAGAGGCAAACCAAGUUCAUCGAUCCACCUCUACCAGCCUGAUACCAGGAGGUGGGUGAAAGUGGGAGACCUGCCUACUGCACGAUACAACUGCACAUGCUCAGUACUUCCUAGUGGAGAGGUCAUUGUAGCCGGAGGACAGACACAACUAUCUGAUUACAUUCCAACUGUGGACUUAUUCUUUAUAAGUGCCUAGUUAUAUCAUUGGUUCACUUUAAUUGUCAUGAAUUGCUAUAUAAUUAUGUAUAUACAUAUCAUGUCAUGAGAAAGGCUCUUAUUAUCUAGCACAGAAUAAUUAUCAUAAUAAUUGUUUAUUAAAUCAUGCAAAAAACAAUUAUUAUGAGUUGUAUACACAUAUAAUGUUUGAUUGGAUUGUAAAAAGCUAGUAUAUACGUAACAGUACAUUAUUAAAGCUAGUAGUUUAUAAUUAUAAUAUAUAUGCAUAAACAAUUGCAAUGGUAUGAACAAUUUAUAAUUAUUACGUAUACAUUGUCAGA